AUGCCUCUCAUCUCCUUGCCCGAAUUUCCUGAAGACCAGACUUGGAAUAUGGUGUACGUCAAUCGAGAUCCGUCCAGCGGUGAAGUCGCAAUGGAACUACAGCAGAAAGACUUCAUUGGCAUAACACACCUUUGGCAUCCUGUGUCGGUUGACUGUCUCGAGUUAAAAAGAAUAAAGCAGUUCACCGCUACUACAUACGAAGCAACUUACUCCGGUGGCGAGCCCUUGGUUACUAUGAGCUCGCCGGUUGUUAUUGUCAAAAUUGCACGGUUCGAGUGGGAACUACCCCGUGUAUCGCAGGAGACUCUCAUUUAUAAAAGCCUGGAAGAAAAAGGUCUUGCCCCACGAUUCCUUGGCCGUGUAAUCGGUUUCAUGCUAGAGCAGCUUGAAGGGCGUGAAGCAAAUAUCAAGGAUCUUUCAUCUUGUCAAUCUGCCCUUCAGCGCCUACAUGACAUUGGCAUCCUCCAUGGCAACGCCAACAGAUAUAUAUCCAUCAUUCAAGACGAUAAGGCGCAACUGAUUGAUUUUGAGAAGAGCCAACUAUGUCAUGGCUCUACUGCAGACAUCCAAAUGAGAUGGAUAGUUUAUAUGAUCAAUUGGCGGAGGACACAGGUCGCGGUGCAGGGUUCACUCGGUGAAAUCAGCCUGAUUAAGAUAAAGUGA